AUGAGCCAACCCUUUUCGCGAGAUCGUUUAUGCCAAAUUUUUCAGAAACUAGAUAAAGAUGGAAGUGGGACGCUUUCCGCCUCAGAACUUCAGAAAGCUCUGUCUAACGGAACUUGGACUCCUUUCAAUAUCAUGACUGUACAGGCAAUGAUCGACCUCUUUAGUCCCAAUCACUCGUUGGAGGUCAACUUUGAUGGGUUCCUCCGUCUUUGGGAUUUUGUCGAAGGAUGGCAGCGCUACUUCAAGGCUGUUGAUCGCGAUAAUUCAGGAUGUAUAGACAUCCACGAGCUACAGUCCGCUAUAUCGCAAGCAGGCUAUCGACUAAGUCCUGCAAUGUACCAGCUUAUGAUGUGCCGCUUUGAUCGUCAAAAAAAGGGCGUUGUUUACUUCGAUGACUUCAUGCACAUGUGCAUCAUACUGCAGAAACUGACGGAACAGUUUCGAAAUCUGGACACCGAUCGCGACGGCUACAUUCAGAUAGGGUUCGAGGACUUCCUAGUUCGUGUCUUUACCGUGUUCACAUAA